GCUUUGUUUGAGAGAGAGAGCAAAACACACAGAGAGAGAGAGAGAGAGAGAGAGAGAGAGAGCACAAACACAAAGGAGCAAAGGUAAUUUGCCUGCUUGUGGUUCUCUCAUAGAGAUAGAGAGAGAUUUUGGAUUUCUCUUGUUUUGUUUUUGAGAAACCUUGCUUCUUUCUUUCUUUAUAAAGAGAGCAAACACUAUUGUAUAGUAUUUGCUUUAAAGGAGUUUCAGUUCUCAUGCAAUUAUCUAUUGAUAUGGAGAAGGAAGAAAGAAACCAGAGAGCUUCUUGUAAAAGUUUAGAGCCCGAGUUUUUCUUGCAGUGGGGAAAUAAAAAGAGGCUUAGAUGUGUUAGAGUUAGAGACCCUCAAAUCAUUUCACGGAGAUCUGAUGGUGUUUUUCGCAGAAAAAUCACUUCCCGGAUUGAUAGAUUUGUGGUCUCUUCUGCCACUACAGAGAAAGACACAUCUCUUCUUCAAUCUAAUCGUAUGACAAGGAAUUCUGAAGCAGCAAUACUUAGGUCCAGUGUGACUGAGAACAGGAAAUCAUCAUCGCCGGAGAAGGAGGAUCGUUAUUACACUACAAGGGGUUCAGUGGGUCUGGAUGAGAAUGGCAAGGUCUCAAUGGAUGGUAACAAUGGAGAUGAUAAAGCCCACGUUUGGCCUAAGCUAUAUACUACUUUGUCAAGCAAAGAAAAAGAGGAAGAUUUUAUGGCUAUGAAGGGGUGUAAGCUACCUCAAAGGCCUAAAAAGAGAGCCAAGAUUAUACAAAGAAGUUUACUUCUGGUAAGCCCUGGGGCAUGGUUGACUGAUAUGUGCCAAGAGAGGUAUGAAGUUAGAGAGAAGAAGAGUUCUAAGAAGCAGAGACCAAGAGGUUUGAAGGCCAUGGGGAGCAUGGAAAGCGAUUCAGAAUAGCAUGCAUGUGUGGCAUUCGUUUUAGCAGCAGAGGCAUAUUUUUUUUUCUAUUCAAAUUUUUGGGAUCUUGUUUUUUUUGGGGGGGAGAUCAUGACAAGGAGGUGGUGGCUAGAGUUUGUUAGGAGAAGAUAGAAAAAUUUAGCAGUCUCUGCUGGGCUUGUUUGUUGUUCUUGUUGCUGUAAUGUAUAAAAGAAAAAAAAUGAGAAAAGCAAUCUUUCUCUUCGUUUA